GAUUGUAACAGAUAGGGUGUCAUUGAUGGCAAUGGAGGAAGGUAGUUGGAACCAUCUGCCAAGUGUCAUUUUGUUAGAAGUUUUCACUUAUUUGUCUCAAAAAGAGAGAAUUAGAGCUUCGUCGACGUGUAAGCAAUGGCGAGGUACACUGUUUCAUUCCAGCUUCUGGCCUACAGUCCAUUUUAGGCUUAAAACUAAAGAUGAAGAUAGUGUGUUACGAACUCGGUACCAGCUUAAACAUUUUGCAACGAAAUUGCGUAAUGCUACAAUCAGCUUUGACGCAAUGGAUUUGAUUUGUGUACAGGAGGCUGCAAGAAUAAUACAAACACUUCGUAAGAAUGAAUCUCUUCGACGUCUUUCCUUACAGCCAAGUCAUUGCAGGUUUGAAGUUCCUGACAGAUUUGCUGGUGAUAGGAUAACUUUUAUCGAAAGACACUUUAUGAAGCCAUUACAACAGCUGAUGCAGAACUGCCGCAGGAUUGAGUUUCUAGAUUUGGGUUGCUUGGAGGAGAUAUGCCAACACGCAUCAAAGCUUACAUAUAUCUUGGGUCAGAAUCAUGCCCGUUCUGUUCAUCAUUUGAGGCUCGCCUCAAUCAAGGAUGAUCCUGAAUGCUACCUUCUGGAUGAACUGCCUCCAGCACUCUUUCGGCCCUUCCAAAUGUUGCAGGUGCUAAGUGUUGACUAUGACUAUUUGAGUGAUGAAAUGUUGCCAGUCAUCAGCAACCUUGGUCUUAGGCAGUUUAUAAUCCAUGUUCAUGGAGUUGAAGAGGACCAUCCUGGUAUACCUGAUUCAGCAUGGGCUGAAUUUGCAAAUCACAACCCUUCAUGUGAAGUACAUCUCAUCCUCAUUCAUGCCUAUGAUGCUGUGGAAAUUUUGGAUUCGACCAUUUUCAGGCCGAGCAUGCCACUUUCAUUCUUAAAAGUGUUUUUUUGUGAGAAUAUGAAUUACACAGCACUGCAACGGAUUUCACUCUGGUACUAUAACAGUCUGCAAUCACUGUGGUGGAUUGACUCAAUUGGUGCAACUUCCAACAGCUUAUGCCUUGUAGAGCCAUCUGUGGAACCUAUUGCUCAGCCUGAUCCCCUGGUAAUGAUGGCUUGGCGGUGUACCAAACUGAAGGAGCUGGUCUUCCUCGGUUACAAGUAUUAUGAGGAUGACUUGAUUGCCAUAGCAAGGCUGAGAGGUAGUGGAUUGCAGAAAUUUGAAAUCCACGCACAAGACAUUUUACGUGUGUCUGAUGUUCCUGAUGCCCUGGAAUUUGAAAUCAGCAGAGAAUUGAAGAGAACCUGGGCCCCACUGGACGAUGUUACAUUACCUGAGGUUAUACUCAACCCUAUCCUGGGGGAUUCUGAUGAGUACAUCCUGCAGGUACUGAGAGAUACUGAAACAGCGUAAUGAAACUAUUCUUGUAGGAAAUCUCAGCUCAGCUAAUAUUCUGUGAGUAGAAUAUGCAUACUGUAGCAAGAGCACCUCAUGCAUCUAGGCAUUUACUCUGCAGCAUUACUUAGUGGUCAACACAAACUGCUCACUGCAAGAAUCUGUAAUCCGCUGUCAAAUAUGAGCUGCUGCAGAUACAAUGUGGUAUAUCUUUUAAGUAAAUUUAAAACAUUUACUCUGUGGUCACUUGGAGCAAAAUAUUUUAUUGUCAAGAAGAACAAUACAGUUCAGUUUUAUUGGUGAUUAUAUCCACAGGAGUCAUUUGAACUGGUUGUGAAUAGGGCAUAAAGCUUACGCGCAUGCCUGUCUAUCUGAUGAUUUCCUGAAAGCAACUUUUAUUUGUUGUGGAGGCUUCCUGGUACAAUCUGUGAUAAAUUUAAAAUGGUCUACAUACUUUCCCAUUUAAUCGACAAAUAAAAAUUGUUAAAACUUACAGGUCUCGAUAUAUGUAUGGGACACAGAAUUUUAUGUUGAAUACAGUGUUAAGGUUAUUUAUGUAUUCUUACACGACCAAUUUUGUCACCUGUAUCAGAAAAGUGUACAGAGUCAACUGAGAUGAGCUACAAUCAAUGUAUAGCAUCUGAAACAUUUUAUUUGUUUGUCUCAACUGUUUUAAGUUAAAUGACUGUGGUAAUGUUUGCCAGGGUUCCAGGUGUAAUUAUUAAAGUAGUUAACUUGUAUGUGCAUAACUUGAGCACAUAGCCUUCUCUCUCCCGUUUUGUUUUGCAUGCUAUAAAUAUAAGCAUGUCAUUGUACUUUUUAUAUCUUCAUCAGACCUGUUUUGCAGAAGAUACGUGCAUUCCUUGGGGAAGAUAUUUAAAGGCUUAGGAAGUGAGCAGUUAUUUAUUUACAACCACUAGUCUAAAUGAAGAAAGAUGUAGUGAAAUGUACUUUUUAUGGUGCUGUGCCUGAGAUUUUGAAAGAUAACCACUAAGCCAUUAAUGUUAAAUUGUUG